AUGUCUCUCUCGCCAGACCCUUCCGCCGCCGCUAACUUCUGCGGCAGCUUAAUCUCCGACCACCCGUCGCCGCUCCCGCCUGAGUCCGACGAGGCAGUGAUCGCCGAGCUUAUCGACGCGGAGAGUCACCACAUGCCGGGAAAUGAUUAUCUCCGGCGGUGCCGCGACCGUUUUAUCGACAUCACGGCACGCUUGGAUGCCAUCAACUGGAUCUUGAAGGUCCACGCAUUCUACAGGUUUAGUCCAGUAACGGCGUUUCUCUCCGUCAACUACUUGGACCGUUUCUUGUCGUGCUCUUCUCUUCCGCGACCGAAUGGGUGGCCGUUUCAGCUGUUAUCAGUGGCUUGUUUGUCUCUAGCGGCGAAAAUGGAAGAGCCCAAUGUGCCGCUCUUGCUUGACCUGCAAUUGUUUGAGCCCAGGUUCGUGUUUGAGCCCAGAACGGUUCAGAGAAUGGAGCUCUGGGUCAUGGCCAAUCUCAAAUGGAGACUCCGUUCCGUUACUCCCUUCGAUUACCUUCAUUAUUUCAUAGCCAAGCUUCCUUCUUCUUCUUCCUUGUCUUCCGAAUCGGUGAAUCGGUUCUUCUCUUCAGCCUCCGACCUCAUCCUCAGCACCACCCGCGUGAUCGAUUUCUUGCGGUUUGCGCCGUCCACCGUGGCAGCCGCCGCCGUGCUCUGCUCGGCUGGCCGUGACAUUGUUUCCGCGAACGGCCAAUUGCUGCUGUGUUCUCACGACAGAGUAAACAAAGAAAUGGUGAGAUGCUGUCACCAACUAAUGGAGGAGUACGUGGUGGACACGUGUCCCGCAUCUCGCAAUAAAGAGACGAGAGCCGAGCCGCCGCCCCCCUCCAGCCCCGUCGGCGUCCUGGACGCCGCUACCUGUGUGAGCUGCGACACACGUUCCGAGAGGAAUUACCUUGGCUCAAGCGGCGAACAAGCCGAGCCGCCAAACAAACAGCUGCGAUCCUCUGCUCCCGAUGGACCGCAGCAAUAG